AUCGACUCCAAGCAUGAUGGUUAUCACCAGCUGAUAGUCACGUGCCAUGGAUGUAGGCUAGUACUUGUGAUUGUGGACUGUCCCCGCUCAUGUCAACAAACCGGUCCUGAUCAUCUUUCAUCUUUCACUGCCAACCACCAUCACUGCAACUCGAGAGGACUUGCAAUUACCGUGCAUCAUUUAAGGAACAAGGAAUCCACCGAGGCUAUUGCAGGACCCGCGCUGCUCGAGUAGAAGAGGUGCUACCUCCCCCGUUUCCGACAACCAACCAUGCCUCCACACCAUCAAUACCACCACUCGCACUCGCAAUCCAACUCCCUCCCACGCACCUCCCUCCUCCCAGGCGCAUCGACAUCCUCAGCCAGUGGAUCUGCAACCAAGGCGCGGCAAUACGCACAUCUGCACUCGCAAUUGGCACAGCUGAAUGCCCAUUUGGCAGAUACGGAGAACCUGGUGCGCAUGACGGCGGUUCAGGCUGGUGAUAUGCGGUUUCUGGGCGGCUAUAUUGGUGGGAUGUUCAUGGGUGCUGCGAAGGUGCUGGGUGAGGAGGGAAUUCACAAGGAGGAUGGGAGUGGGAGUGGAAGUGGGAGUAAUACGGCGGAGGAGAGGAGGGGUAGUGGGGAAGAGGAGAGGGAGUGGUGAUGGAUUCUUUUUUUUAUGAUGGAGUCUGUUAUGAUUGUUGGUCUUACGAGGAGCCUGUCGGGGCUGAUGAGGAUGAGAACUAUGAGGGAGAUAUUAUCUACGGUCGAUGUUGGUUGGCUUUUUGGAAUGGA